UUCAGAAAAUGUAAUCUUUCGGAUGAGUUUGAAAAAACUGAAUCAAAAUUAACUGAAUCAGAAACUGUGUCAGUUGAGAACUUUUUUCUAGCGUAUUUGACCAAAAUGAAGGACUCAUCUGUGCACGACUGGAACUUCUCUGAAAAAAAAAAUCUCCGGAAACAAACACCUGCCUGCCACGGCCAAGUCACGCCCACAUACCUGUUUGAAACAGGAAGCCCAGUACGUUUGGAUUAAUCUUAUCUGGUGAUACCGAGAAAAGGACAACAAAGUUUUACCAGGGAUCAGCCUGGAUCUGACCAGACCACUACUGCUCUUUUUAAAUCCAACCGCAAGUUCUGCUGGUCCCGAGAAGCCCAUUAUUUGUAUCUUCGUCGCCUCUCUUCGCGCAGCUAUUCAGCUAUUAUGAUGAACCCGGUCAUGGAGGAGACCGUCUGGGAGCAGUACACAGUGACUUUGCAGAGGGAUCCGAAGAUGGGCUUCGGCAUUGCUGUAUCUGGAGGGCGAGACAACCCAAAUGAGGAGAGUGGCGAGAUGUCAAUUGUGGUGUCUGAUGUCCUGCAAGGAGGACCAGCUGAUGGCUUGUUGUUUGAGAAUGACAGAGUGGUGCAGGUGAACGCCAUUCCCAUGGACGGUGUCAUUCAUUCCUUUGCUGUCCAAACCCUCAGAAAGUGUGGGAAAGUUGCAAAAAUUACAGUCAAGAGACCAAGGAAGGUUCCUGUAAAUGUCCUCAAUCGUCCUGGCUCACCCGAUGACCGAGUUUUCAACAACGACUACGCUGACGACUACAACUAUGAUCAGGACCGUCGUAGCGUUUACAGCAACAGGCAGGACCACAGCCUAGAGAGGGAGCAAGGUGGCUACACGGAUUCUGGCUACCAAACCCGUGAGCGUGAUUAUGACAGGAACCAUGAUCGACGAGAACGGGGCAGAAGUGGGGAGAGAGAGCUGAACCCCGAUCAGCAGUACAGGAGAGAUGGUAGCAGAGGUCGCACUUUGGACAGAGAACAUAGCCCCGAUCGGCAUCACAGGAGCGAUCAUAGACUCAACCGCGCUUAUAGCCCAGACAGAAGAUACCGUAGCGAGCGCACGUUAGACAGAGAUCAUAGUUCUGAUCGGCGGUACCGCAGUGAGAGAGCCCUCGACCGUGACUACAGCCCAGACCAACGCUAUCAGAGCGACCGUGCACUAGAUCGCAACAACAGCCCCGACCAACGCUACAGAAGGGACAGCCAUAGCCCUGGACGCGACCAUGGGCGUAACCACAGUUUUGAGAGAGGACGAGAACGAAUUCCUAGUGACUCGAGGAAAUACGAUGAGCCUCUGAAGAGAGGUGGUAGCAGGGACCGGCUGGAGCGCUCACCAUCACCUGCCACUAUGCCCAUCCCUAUGCCACGUCCUGCUCGAGAAUUGGAGCCACUGGAGAAACCUCUGAAUGUUCUGUUGCUAAAGAACAGGCCAAGCGAAGAGUAUGGCCUUCGUCUGGGUAGUCAGCUCUUUAUCAAAGAGAUGACCAGCACAGGACUUGCCAGCAGAGAUGGAAACCUGCAAGAAGGAGACAUCAUUCUCAAGAUCAAUGGAACGGCAACUGAAAACCUGUCGCUCAGCGAUGCAGGGAAGCUGAUCGAGAAAUCUCGUGGGAAGCUCCAGCUGGUGGUCCAGAGAGACAGGCAGCAAGUGCUGAUCAGAGUCCCCCCGAUGGUUGACAGCGACUCAGAACUUGAUGAUAUAUCUGAGAUAGAGUCGUAUCGUUCCUACUCUCCACAAGAUGAAAGACGAGGCCAUCAUUCAGACCUUUCUUCCCACUCCUCCAAUGAAAGGCUGCGAGAGAAGCCAAGAGAGGACCCUCCUAAUAGGCUGGCUAAAAUGGGUGCCAUGCCAACCCCAUUUAAAGGUCUUGACCGAUCUGUGGAAGCCACGCUGGCAUUGCCUGCUGAGAGGGAGGAGCCACGGCCACAAACACCACCAACGAUCACAGUUGGCCCAAAGGUUCACGCUCCUCCCAAAGUGCCACUGAAGCCAAGCAUUGAAGACCAAGAAGUAUAUGGGCCAAAUACAUUGAUGGUCCGUUUUCAGAAAGGUGACAGUGUUGGUAUGAGGCUUGCAGGAGGGAAUGAUGUUGGCAUCUUUAUUGCGGGGGUUCAGGAAGAUAGUGCGGCUGAGCAAGAAGGUCUUCGCACUGGAGAUCAGCUGGUGAAGGUGAACAACGUGGACUUUAGGGGUAUGGUCCGUGAGGAUGCAGUCCUGUAUCUCCUGGAGAUUCCUAAAGGAGAAGAUGUGACCAUUCUUGCACAGAGCAAACCAGAAGUAUACAAAGACAUUCUAGCAUCUGGCAGAGGUGACUCAUUCUUCAUCAGGACCCACUUUGAGUAUGAGAAAGAGGCUCCUCAGAGCCUUCCUUUCACCAGAGGAGAAAUUUUCAAAGUUACUGACACACUGUAUGAUGGCAAGCUGGGCAACUGGCUGGCAGUCCGUACGAACAAAGAAAACCAGUUGCUGGAGAAGGGCAUCAUUCCCAAUAAAAGCAGAGCAGAGCAAAUGGCUAACGUCCAGAAUGCUGCACGAGCCGCAUCAGGUAAUGACAGAGGGGACUUCUGGAGGCUUCGUGGACAAAGAGCAGCCAAGAAAAAAGAUCUUCGAAAGAGUCGAGAAGAUCUGAGUGCCACACCAGUUGCCACAAGAUUCCCAGCCUAUGAGAAAGUUGUCCUGCGUGAAGCUGGCUUUAAGAGACCCGUGGUCAUAUUUGGGCCCAUUUCGGAUGCUGUGAAUGAAAAACUAGCCAAUGACAUGCCAAACGAGUUCAUCGUUGCUAAAACUGAGCCAAAGGAUGCAGGCAGUGAGAAAUCAGCUGGAGUUGUAAGAUUGAACACAAUUCGACAAAUUAUUGAACAGGACUCUCACGCACUGCUGGACGUUACUCCCAAAGCUGUUGACACCUUAAAUUACACCCAGUGGUAUCCCAUCGUCAUCUUCCUGAAUCCAGACAGCAAGCAGGGAGUCAAGACCAUGAGGAACCGCCUUCUGCCUGGGUCCACCCGGAGUGCACGCAAACAAUUUGAGCAGGCCGUUAAACUGAGAAAGACCUGUUCACACCUUUUCACUGACACCAUCGACCUCAACUCAGCCAACGAUGCAUGGUAUGGCAGCGUGAAAGACUCAAUUCGGGAGCAGCAAGACAGAGCUGUGUGGGUUUGCGAGGGCAAGUUGGAUGGUUCAGAGGAGGAUCUUGAUCUCCAUGACGAUCGAAUGUCCUACUUGUCAGCGAUGAGCGCAGACUACCUAAGCAUGGACAGCCGUCUGACCAGUGACUACGACGACACAGCCGAUGAGGGCGGGGCUUACACCGACAACGAGCUGGACGAGCCAAUGGAUGAGCCCCAGCCCGUGUCAGCCAUUAGUCGGUCAUCCGAACCUGUACUGCCUGAUGAGAAACCCCACCCUGAACCCCGGACUCGUAUGAGAAGGUCAGGCAGCAAAGAGAAGCUAAAUAGAGAGCCCAGUCCUCCCCCUGCUUUUGUCCCUGAACCUCCAAAGGUGCGUCCUCAGACUCGGACCGACUCGUCACGCAGCUAUGACUCACACUCCAGCAGCACCAUCAGCAGCGAUGCGGUGGGCGGGAACAAGCCACUGCCCCCUCCAGUGGCCCUGAAGCCCACCAUCGCCCGCCUCAGCCAGAUGACGGAUGAGCAGACCUCAGAGAAGGAGGAGGAGGACCCUGCCAACAAAUCCUUCCUGGGCAAGAUUAAAGCUUUUGAGAAGAUGGACCACCUGGCCCGAGCUCAGAGGAUCCUCGAACUGCAAGAGGCAGAAAAUGCCCGAUUGGAAAUCGCCCAGAAGCACCCAGACAUCUAUGCAGUCCCAGUCAAACUGCCCAAACCCAAUCUCAACCGUCCUCAGCCAAUAGGUUCCAGCUCCAACCCGGAGCCACAGACUCCGUCCAGGCAGCAGUACGCUGAGAGCAGAUCUCAAGACGACGACGAGACUGAGUACCGCAGGCAGCUGGCCGACCACACCAAGAGGGGGUACUACAACCCCCAGAAAUACAAGGACACUGAGUUGUAGGCAAAAAAAAAAAAAAAGUCAUGAUUCCACACUUGCUUUUGUCGUGUUUGUGAUGAAACGCACUGACCGACCGACACAGCUUCACCUCAAAAACUUCUGUGAUCUUAUGGUGUGCAUGUCCUGGGAAAUGGGAGGUUCAGAUAUCAUCACGUCAUGUUUUUCCUUUGUUAUUCAUUACUUCUCUAUUGUGUAUAUUAUUUUAUUGUUGCUCAUGUUAACGGUCAAGCAUCUGCUUUUGUAAAAUAUAUAAUAGUUUUUCCCUCAUCUAGUGUGCUUGCAAAACCUUAUUCUUUUUUUUUCCUGUUUAAAUGUCCACAAGCAUAUUGUAUGAAAUCAAAGUUAGAGAUAUUAGGUGUUUUAAUUGCUUCAUAUUGUAAAAACAAAGCUAUUGUCUUUAGUUUGUUUUAACGUUACCAUGAAAAUCAGUCCUCAUCCACGUGGUUAGAACAUGUCAAUGAUGAUUUCGUGUACCUGUACCCAAUAUAAUAUUGGAUAACACAGUUAUUGUGGGGAAACAGCACAUGUUCAAGUGCCUUGACUUCAAAGUAAUAAAUUAUGAAGUGAUAGCCGGCUGAACAUCAAAAAUGUCAAAUAUCAUCAACAAUCUCAAUAGUUUGAGUGAGAUAACUUCCCAUUUGUUUGUUUUUCACAUCUUGCUUUUGUUGCUAUGUGUCCCUUCAUCAAAGACAAAUGGAUUAAAAACAUGUAGUUUGUAGGUUCGCAAAGUUCAAUUUGCAAAGCAUGAUAAAAAAACAUUUUCUUUCUGGCGCAAGUGGAUCAAUCACUGUAUGCUGAAACAGGUUUGACCAUCUUGAGUCAAAAGUACAAUUUAGGGAGGCCCUGUAGCUCAGUGGUUAGAGCACUGGUUUGGUAAACCACGGGUUGUGGGUUCGUAUUCCACUGGGGCCUCCACUCCCUGGGAAGGGUUGCGUCAGGAAGGGCAUCCAGCGUAAAAAUUGUGCCAAACAUAUAUAUAUAUAUAUGCGUUCAUCUGAGAUGACACGCUGUGGCGACCCCGAAAGGGACAAGCCGAAAGAAACGCAGUCAAAAGUACGAUUGGAUUUCUAUUGUCUUUUCCAGCUUCUUGCAACCACUGACGAUAAUGUAGUUUUUAUAAAGCAUAGACUCUUAAGUCAACUGACUCAAUGACUUGGGGUGAAGAUAAUCAUGGUUUAAAUGUAUUUUUAGUUAGUGUUGUUGACUCUGGGGGAUUACAAAUGUUUUUUUUUUUUUGUUUUUUUUUACACGAAUCGUAUGUUAAGGUGUUUCAUUUGUGUUACUGAAAAGUUAGUAAUGUUGGAUCUCCUUUCAUAUAACAGAUUCAAAUGAAAUUCAAAUGUUUUAAAAUCUAAAAAGAGACUACAACUAGCCAGAUGGAGUUGGUGAUCACCUUCAGUUUAUUUAGCAGACAUGAACAUGCUUUGCUUGACUUGUUUAACAUUUGGGUUGCCCUGGCAACACUUAGGUCCAACAUUAUGUCGUGUACAUUCAGAUAUUACAGCUAUUUGACCAAAAAUAACAUUUGCUCUGUUUGCCGCCUACAUGUGCACAUUAAGACCAUCGAUUUUUAUCUUUGGUCUAACGUACUGUAUACCACAUCACAGGAGAACGUAGCUCAAAUGAACAAAAAUACAACAACUUCUUACGCUGUUGAUGUUUAUGUUGCUGUACACAUUAAGGCAAUUAGCGUGAUGUCAAACAGGUCGCAGUGGAAGAGUGAAAGCUGAAUGAACAGGGGGGGGGGGUGAUGAAUGUGUUGUCAGAUGUAGACUGGUUGCUCCUGUGCUGUCAGCAGGCGAUACAUGGCUGCAGGCAUCGUCUUCAUGUGGAUCUAGAACCGAGAGGGGAAACAUUUUAUUUUCUCACAAUAUGUUCAACUUAACCUCCAGAAAGUUUAAUGACUUCAACCGUAGUGGGAUGAUUUUACACGUGCUGAUGUGACCUUUGUUGAGGAGACAAAUAUUUAUGUUGCUUUAUCUUUGAGCUUACUAUUAGCAUAGAGUGUAUGUAUGAAAAUCUGUUUGAGAAUUUAUUAAAUAUCUAUGCAACUGCACUGAA